AUGCGGCCCCUCACGCAGGAGGAACCCCCCUUCGAGAGCCGCAAAUACAUCGGCGAGAACAUCCAGCUGCUGGUGGACCGGCCCGACGGCUCCUACUGUUUCCGCCUGCACAAGGACCGCGUUUACUACGUCAGUGAGAGAAUCUUGAAGGUGGCGACCAGUAUCCCUGGGGACAAGCUGGUGGCACUGGGCACCUGCUUUGGGAAGUUCACCAAGACCGGGAAGUUCCGGCUCCAUGUCACUGCCCUGGAUUACCUUGCUCCCUAUGCCAAGUAUAAAGUGUGGGUGAAACCUGGAGCAGAACAGUCCUUCCUUUAUGGGAACCACGUGCUGAAAUCUGGCCUAGGUCGCAUCACCGAGAACACAGCUCAGUACCAGGGUGUGGUGGUGUAUUCCAUGGCUGAUGUUCCUCUGGGUUUUGGAGUAGCGGCGAAGUCUACCCAGGACUGCCGGAAAGUGGACCCCAUGGCAAUCGUAGUGUUUCAUCAGGCUGAUGUUGGGGAGUACGUGCGGCAUGAGGACACACUUACUUAAAGGGCUGCCAGCUCCACAUGGCAAGAAUGGAGCAUGUUAUGAAAGCAGAAUUCGCAGCAGCAGCAGGGAGCUCUCCUGGAAUGGGGCUCUGCUGGCUGCUGUGGAUGAUUACAGACCUCUCUACCUGUGACUUAGUCAUAACUAUUGUGAGCUCUGAGGAGUGCUUGUCCCAGCCUGAAGAGGAGACAGGGAUUAUAUAAAACUUGUUUUCUAUCUAAUAAAAACCAUGUUGGUGUG